AGAAGCAGGCUCCAUGCAGGAGCCCGAUGUGGGACUUGAUCCCAGGACUCCAGGAUCACGCCCUGGGCCAAAGGCAGACACUCAACCGCUGAGCCACCCAGGCGUCCCUCUCUUGCUCUUUUGUCCUGGUCUCUAAGUCCAUUUCUUUUCCCCCCACCUGACUAGAAAGUGAAAGUGUGAGCUGAGUAUUAUAGUGUCCUGGCCCCAAACUCCUAAAGAGAAAAACCAACCUCAAAGGCUCCUUCCUUGAAGGGUGCACAGCACUUUUAAAAAUAUUUUAUUUAUUUAUUUAUUUAUUUAUUUAUUUAUUUAUUUAUUUAUUUAUUUAGAGAGCACAUGGGCCAGGGGAGGGACAGAGGGGGAAGGAGAGAGAGAAUCUCAAGCAGACUCUACACUGAGUGUAGAGCCUGUGUAGGGCUCUAUUUCACAACCUUGAGAUCAUGACCUGAGCCAGAAUCAAGAGUUGGACACUUAAUCGACUGUAAUCGACUGAGCUACCCACAUACCUCUCUCUCUCUCUCUCUCUCUUGUUUUUUAAGUAAUCUCUAUGCCCAACACGGGGCUUGGACUCACAACCCUGAGACCAAGAGUUGCAUGCUUUACUCACUAAGCCAGCCAGGCGCUCUUCAUAGCAGUCUAUUCUGACUGCAUUAUAGCACCAACUUUUCUUCACCUCCUGGGAACUCUUUCAGGGCCGACGCAGAGCCUUAUUUGUCUUUGUAUGCCCAAUACCCCCCCAUAGGAGACACAAGGGGGACCCAGCUGUGCUCCUUCCACUCAAGCCUCCUUUCCUUUGAGGUUACCCUGGCCCUCACUCCACUCCACCUGCUUGGAGGAUGACAGACAGGAGACUCCUUGGGUGACGCUCAGGUGGGUCACGAGCAGCGUCUUCCCAGCAGUGGAGAUUCACUGGCCUCGUCCUUUCUCCUGUCAGCAGUCCUCUGUAGAGGAGGAGUCUGCUCCUCAGAGCCAGUCCCGAAGCCUGACUUGGGGGUAGCGAGGAGUGAAGCCAUAGAUCAUGUGCCUUCCUCGCAGGUUCUGGCUGCAGCCCAACUUCCCCUUAGCGUCUCUUCUCCCUCACCUGGCUUCAGCCCCCAGGUCUCUGCCUUCCUCCUUCCAGCCAUCACGCAGCCCCAGGGAUGGCUCUGCAGGACGUAUGCAAGUGGCAGGCCCCCGACACCCAGGGACUAUCGCCGCACCUGCCUCCAGCCGGUGGCUGGUCCGUGCCCCGGGGCUGUGACCCUCAGACCUUCCUGCGGCUCCACGGCCCCAGGCUGGCCCACGGCACCACCACGUUGGCCUUCCGCUUCCGGCACGGAGUCAUCGCUGCCGCGGACACGCGGUCCUCCUGUGGCAACUACGUGGCGUGUCCGGCCUCACGAAAGAUCAUCCCCGUGCACCGGCACCUGCUGGGCACCACCUCCGGCACCUCGGCCGACUGCGCCGCCUGGUACCGCGUGCUGCGGCGCGAGCUGCGGCUGCGGGCGCUGAGGGAGGGCCGGCUGCCCAGCGUGGCGGGCGCCGCCCGGCUCCUGUCCGCCAUGAUGUCUUGCUACCGGGGGCUGGAUCUGUGCGUGGCCACGGCCCUGUGCGGCUGGGACCGCUCCGGGCCUGCGCUCUUCUACGUGUACAGCGACGGCACCCGCCUGCCGGGGAACGUCUUCUCGGUGGGCUCGGGCUCUCCGUACGCCUACGGCGUGCUGGACCGCGGCUACCGCUACGACCUGAGCCCCGAGGAGGCCUACGCCCUGGCCCGCCGCGCCGUGGCCCACGCCGCCCACCGCGAUGCCUACUCCGGGGGUUCCGUAGACCUUUUCCACGUGCGGGAGGACGGAUGGGAGUGUGUGUCACGCGACGAUGCCUGCGUGCUGUACUCGGACCCGCAGAGGCUUCCGGAGCCCGGGGAGGAGGCGGAAGAGGAGGCCCGCCCUGAGCCCGCCGCCCUGCAGAGACUCCAGGAUGCCCGCGGGGACUGAGAUGCUGGGAGAAGCGGGAGAAGCGGCAGGACCUGGGGGUGGGGGCUGGGCACCGGGGCAGCCGCCUCACAGCACCGGCUCCGGCUGUCCCCAGCUGCGUCCCAAGCCCCCGUCCCCGUCCCUUUCUGCCUCCCAGCGCUGUGGACAGCUUGGUCCAGCAUGUUCCUCCGGGUGCCGAGCCUCCUCCCCACCGCCACGUUCCCGCCUCAGCAGACCCUCCCCACCGGCCCGCGGCACACCGCACACCGCACACGGGGCUAAUGCGAGACCCUCCUCACCACCUUCUGUGCUUCCCAUUCCCAUUCCCGUGCUCACCUAUGCUGGUCUUUGUCACUUUGUCGCUUUGGUCAGGGUGGUUGGGAGUGGAAGAAGGUGGGGCGGGGGCCCAGGCUCUAGUGGGGACUGG